AUGUCUACUGCUACCGAGCUUCGGCCUAUUGAGCCGCCCUCGUUCUCCAUACCGUCCCAACACGCAACGGCAUCACCUCCAUUGAACAAACACAAUGACACGGUCAACAUGGAUGAGGCAAUCCAUCUUGCCUUCCUCUGCCGCAAGAGCCUUGUUGAUCUUGACCAGCACUUGCCCGGCUUCAACCCUUCUCAUCCCUUUACUGUAGAUGAGAUCAUUGCUCUGCCACUAAACAAGCAUCGUAUUGACGAUGCUCUCCAUGACCUCCCUCGUCGCAGAUCCGCUCGUCACAACUUGGCCGUAGCUAUUGCUCCGAUGCUUUACCCUGUGCACGAAGGUUCGCUGACGGCCAUUAUCCGCUUUGAUGCGGACCGUGUGCGCCUCCGUGCCUGGGCCGCCCUGCAGCGACGAUAUGACAUGUUGAUGGCCACUAUUCGAAAUGGCCACACUACCCAAGGCCUGUCCAGCGGUGCUGCCCCUGGCGUACAGGCGCCUGUCUGGGCUUCCCGUAUCUUGUCCCAAGGCGCUUGGGAUCCUGCCAAGCACCCGGUUUCACUUGACGGUGUGCCAGCUAUUCCCAUGCCAGUCGAGAUCGCCCACGAGGCCGAUCUUGCACCGUUCUUGCACCAUCUCGAGAGCGGCGGCACCCAUGAGCUACAUGGCCACGAGAAGGGAUUUGAGCUGGACGGCGGACGAGGUGAGCCGUACUAUGGCGUCCAAGGUGCCGAGUUCCGUAAAGGUGUCGUCUACGAAGAUGGCCGUAUGGACCUUUGCAAGAUGGUUGUUGGCCCUGACCACGUUGGCAAGCUGAUGGACUCGCUUCGACCAAACGAGUUUGUCCGGCAUUUCCUUCUGGGUAAUAACAUUAUUGGACCUGUCGGAGCUUAUGAGAUUGCCAACUUUAUCAGUGAUCUCCCUGACCGAAUGGACACUUGGUAUCUUGCUGGUAAUUGCAUUGAUGGACCGAGCUUCAAGAUUCUCGUCAAUGCCAUGGUGAAAUCCGAGGCCAUCACCAACAUCUGGUUGAAACGCAACCCACUUGGUCCAGACGCCUCCGAGGACGUGUACCGCCUCAUUACUGGUGUCAAGAACUUGCGAACACUUGACCUUGACCAGACUCAACUCGGCGAUCGAGGAGUUACCGACCUUUUCAGCCGCUUGGCUGGCCAUGAGAUGCCUGAGGGUGGCAAGCUUCCCCUUAAGCACAUCUAUCUCAACGGCAACGGAAUCUCGACUGAAGGCGCCAAGGCUGUUGGCAAGUUCCUUCUGUCGCCGCACUGCGGCUUGACUUCCAUUUACAUGUCAUCAAAUCCAUUUGGCGACGAUGGCGCGGAGGCCCUUGCCCAAGUACUACCCAAGGCACCAUAUCUGGCUCGAUUGCUCUUACAGUCGAUUGGAGUCAGCACCAAAGGUGCCAUUGCGCUGUGCAAGGCGGCUACUGGCCAUCCCACACUCGAGGUGUUUGAUCUUGGCCAGGCGUACGCUACCCAGGAUCUUGGACAGGCCUACAACUACAUCGAGGAUGGAGCUGUGCCUGCUAUUCAGAGUCUGGUGCAGACCAGGAGCCCUUUGGCCUACAUCAAUUUUGGACACAUGCCCAUGGCACCCCUGGCAGUCAUGAUCAUAUUUGAAGCAGUCCUCAAGAGCCCAUCUCUCGUCUGCUUUUCGGCCUAUUCGGUUCUGCCAGACCCAAGACUCAAACCGGCAACAUUUAAGCCCACUGUCGACACUCGCUUCGCUAACCCGGCUGAGCAGACCAAACCACAGAUCGAGUUGAACAAGGUUGUGCAGGAGCAUCUUGCUGCUAAUGUCAAGGCUCGAUACGGCGAGGAUACAUCGUACAACCAAUUCAUGGAGGAGGAGCGACGAUGGCUCGUCAGCGACAAGACUGAUGUGCGAAAAAUUGACAGUGUUUAUCGUAACCGCGAUGCUGGCCUUGCUCGUCGUCGACUCUUGACUCUGAUCAAGAACUGGGAGGAGGGCGAUGAGACUCUGGACCGAGUUAUGGGUGCUCAUGCGCCGACUUGCUCCUUGCGCCGACACUGA